AGAAAGCAGCACCGGGCCACAUCUUUUUCUCUCCCUCCAUUGAUAACGGUAUGGUGCUGCGGGAAGUGUGUUGUUCCAUGCAGUGGAUAAGAGGCUGGGGGUAGUUACAAAGUCGGUACAAACAAAACUACCAAAGAGGAAGUCAGAGGGGGGAGACUACACUCUUACCCCUCUUUCAUCACACAGAAACAGAACGAGGUUAACGCAACCAAUACUAAUAACAAUAAUAUUAAUACUACUAUUAGUAAAAUUAAAAGAAAUAAUUCUAUUACGUCACCUGAAAUUGGCAAUUUGUUGUUCUCGAACAGAACACUUCUGGCUACAUUCCGAUGGCCGAAAUGUUGGCAGGAAGAACAUUAUAGGAUUUCUCACUUUUAACUUCGUCAAUUCUUUUACUCCUUUAUUGUGUCCAGCAUUGUUUGUAUACCAUAUGUGAUGAAUAUGGUGUAAAAGGAUUUGGUAUCAUCAGACAGACAAUAGACAAAGCUUUAUCUGUGUUAUUUCUGUUUAUUGCAAUGGCAGUUUAAAUUCAGUUUGUGACUGGUGGUGACAAAUUCAAAGUCAUAUGUGAAAAUGGGUCGUACCAAGGCAUCUGGCAACAGCAGCCAUGCUAGUCACAAUAGCAGUCCAAGCAACUCUGAUCUUGGAUUGACUAACAGUACUGCUGAAAUUAAGAUGAAAGAAAUACUGAAGGAUUUGUAUCAUCUGAUUAUUCAAGUUCAGGAGGAGCGUGCACGUGGUGAACAUAAUUUAUCUAAUAUUUCCAAAACUCAUGAAAGAAUGCAGCAGGAACAGCGGAACAAUCCAGUCACAACAAAAGGGGAAGCUAAAGCAGCAUUAGCUAUUUCAUUCACGCCUUACUACAAAAAUAAACUACGAGGUUUAUAUAACACAGCCAUGCAGGAUGCUGAAGCAGAAGCUGAGCUAGUUAGAAAAGCUUUGGAUAAAAUUUCUGAAAUAAAAUCUAUACAAGAAAACCGAAGACUUGGAAAACUUGAUAGUGACCGUCCCAAGCCAAUUAUCAGACGUGGUGUCCUUAUGACAAUGCUACAACAGAAUGCUGUAUCACUACCCUUAUGGGUCAGCAAACCUGGGGAAAAGCCUCCUCCACUAUGUGGAGCAGUUCCAGCAGAUGCUAAUUAUGUGGGCAAAACCGGUGACAAAGUUGCUGCCAGAGUUAAGGGUCAAGAUGGAGAAGAAGAGAAUUGGAUCUUAGCUGAAAUAUCUUCCUAUACUCCAGCUACUGGUAAAUAUGAAGUUGAUGAUAUCGAUGCAGAGGAGAGCAAUGAGAGACAUUCUUUGAGUCGAAGGAGGAUCGUACCACUGCCAAUUUGGAAAGCUAAUCCAGAAACAGACCCCGAUGCCUUGUUCCCUAAAGAAACGCUGGUCUUGGCUCUGUAUCCACAGACUACAUGCUUUUAUCGUGCACUCAUCCAUGAACCACCAAAAAGGCCUCAAGAUGACUACCAAGUAUUAUUUGAAGAUACUUCUUAUUCAGAUGGUUACUCACCACCUCUGGGUGUUGCCCAACGUUAUGUUAUUGCAUGCAAAGAAGAGAAAAGAAAGUAGACCAAUGCCUUCUGUUUUCAACUCCUAAUAGGAAAGAAAAAAUAAAUUUGAAUUUAAUGUGCUGAGUGAAACUGUCUGGAUGAAAUCAUUUUUAAAAGGAUUUAUAAAAAAAUGAAAAAUAAAUAUAUGCUAUAAUAUAUAUAUUAUAUAUAGUUGGAUUAUAUACAUACUUGACAAACUGAGAAAAGCUAUGGAGAGCUACUGUGAUUGUUUACUAAGUUCUUGGACUAAAUAGCUUUUUAUUUUCUGUUUUUCUUUUUUCUUUUUGAUUUUUUUU